AUGCGCUUUGCCGCACUUGGCGCGCUCUUCGCUCUUCUCCAGACGACUCACGCACAUGACUGGGCUCUCAGAUCGAAGCGACCCUCGCCGCCAGCUGGAUGGAAGCCUGUCCGACAUCCUCGCCGUGUGCUGUUGAAGCAAAAUGUGCGCAUUCACUUUGCGCUUAAACAAGGACGUUUCGACCAGUUGGAGCGUCAUCUUCUGCAAACCUCAUCUCCAAACAAUCCCCUUUAUGGGCAGCAUCUCUCCUUUGCGCAAGUCAAUGAGCUCCUUCGACCGUCAGAUGAAGCCAUUGCCGCCUUUGAGAGCCAUCUUCACAGCCAUGGCGUCAACAAGAUUGAAUACUGGCCCGCAAAAGAUUGGGCAUCGGUCAGCAUGACGAUCGGGCAAGCCGAGCUCAUUUUCAACGCACGUUUCUCGGUCUUUGCUCGUGAUGGCGAAACAAUCGUUCGCACCCUCGAGUAUUCCUUACCUCGCAAUCUGGAUGUUCAUGUCGAAGCAACGUCGGCAACUAGCUUCUUUCGACCUCGUAAGCUCACUCGUGCGAGUCGUGGACCAUCUGGCCCCUUAAGGGACAUUCCGAAGGCGCAGUCAUAUGGUCUGCGGGCUGCUGUCAAGAAGCGCGAUCUGUCGUGUCCGGAUCUCAGCGGAGUAAAUUUCACCUGCUAUCGCCACUGGUACGAAACAAUCGAUUACAAAGUCCAGCAUCCUGGCGCAUCAGCAGUCGCUAUUGCGGGUUUCCUCGGAGGAACGCCUCAAUACAAAGAUGCAACCGAAUUUGUUCAAUGGAUGCGUCCUGAUGCACAGAAUAAGGGAGAUGUUCAGUUCCCCGUGGUCCUUUACGGCGGCGCAAAGAACAGGCAAGGUUUCCAAGACUUCACGCCCGCUGAGCUAUCUUCAGAACAGAAUCUCGAGGCGAACGGAGACUCUCAGCAUAUACUCAACACGAUACUUCCGCUCAACAUGACAUACUACUCGGCGUGGGGAUCGAUGCCUGCCAUUGACUUUACGCCAGAUGCAAGCAAUCCGAUCAAUGGUAACGAGAACUGGGAGCCAUUUUUGCAAGGCUUCAGUGCGCUCGAGCAUCCAGAGAAGAUCGUCUCUAUCUCAUACGGCGACGAUUCUCAAACCGUCGACGAAGCAUACGCAAGGCGAAUAUGCAGUGUGUUUGCUGCCUGGGGCGCACGCGGCGUUACUGUUUUCAUUGCCUCGAUGGAUUCUUCGCUCGCUGGCGUGGGUCCAUCAUGCGAAGCUAAUUACGGCGCCCAUCUUCAGACGGCUAUCCCGACUUUGCCAGCCGAAUGUCCUUGGGUGACUACUAUUGGGGCCAGCAACAUCACGACGGGCGACGAAACGGCAAUUGACUGGUCUGGCUUGGGCUUCUCGAAGCGUUUCCCAAGGCCGGUGUGGCAACAGGCAGCUGUUGAUAGCUACAUCAAGACCCAUGGUCUGGCGCCCUUUGCUGGUCUCAUCACGACACCUGCUGCACUCAAUGGCCGCGCCUAUCCUGACUUGGUCGCGACGGGUACACCAUGCGAAGUCAUCUGGAAUCACCUAUCGAGAUGGUGGGGAGCAACGUCAACGGCGACGCCAGAAGUUGCUGCUAUUUUUGCGCUCAUUAAUGACGCUCGACUGGCAGCAGGCAAGCCUACGAUCGGUUUCAUCAACCCAGCGCUCUAUGGCAUCAAGACUGGUAUCUAUGACGUCGUGCAUGGCCACACAAGUUCUUGCGGCCUGACUGGAUUGCCGGCCGCUGUAGGUUGGGAUCCCAUCAGCGGUCUAGGUGCGCCUCGCUUCAAUGGCUUGCUGGAGGCUUUCAUGGCCAUGUAG